CGUGACGUCGUUUGCGGGGCGGGGCUAAUGCCGCACGUCGACGCGGGGGCGGCCGUUGCCGGGCGACGGUCGACGCUAGGGAAGUGACGUCGCGUCGAGUCGAAGGCGCGCGAUGGCGGACGAGGAUGAGAACGCCGUGUCGCUGCUGAGCCACUACUGCCGGGAACGUUUGGCCCGACAUGUGCAGACCGCAGCUGGCGAAGCCAUCAAGAAGUACGGAGCGGACCCAGUGUUUGCCUUCUUCCGCGCGCUUGGAAUGCUCAUGGAAGAACGUAUUCCAGAGGCAAUUAGGGAACUUGAAGCAAGCAAAACCAAACAGGAUGUAUCGCUUUGCUCCAUUAUUGCCCUCAUUUAUGCCCACAAGAAAAGCUCCACAGUCGACCGUGAAGCAGUACAAGAACUGGAGGCAAAGUUAAAAGAGGACCGCAAGACUGCCGGAGAGAAAUCUCUUUAUUUUGGUGCGUUGUUUCUGUGGCUCAUUGGUCGCCAUGAAAAAGCCAGAGAAUACAUCGAUCGAAUGAUCAAAAUAUCGAGCGAUGCCAAGAAGGGCUUAAUACUGAAGGGAUGGAUUGACCUGACUUGUGGAAAGGAUGUUUUUAUGAAGAAAUCCAUAAAAUACAUAGAUGAAGGACUGCAGCAAGGCAAAGAUGCAUUUGCUCUGAUGGGAAAGGCAAAAUACUUUGAAUUGAAGCACAACUACUCUGGUGCGUUGGAGGUAAUAAACCAGGCCAUAGUGGCUUUUCCUAGCUUCCUGCCAGCCCUGGUAGAGAAGAUGAGGUUGCAGCUGGCCCUGCAGGACUGGGAGCAGACACUGGAGACUGGCCAGAGGAUUUUGCAGAAAGACAGUCAUUCCCUUGAAGCCCUCCAGAUGCAGAUUCUACACGCCCUCUGCAGGGAAGGAGAUUCUACAGUGGCUGCGGCAAGAAUUGGUGACUUGAUAAAUGCUUUGGAUCGAUUUGAGCCCAGCAAUCCUGGCUUAUGUCACCGCUUGGCUCUGGUCUUCAGCAGAGUGAGUGGACGGAACAAGCUUGUUUUACAGCAGACAUAUGCGCUGGUUGAAAGAGCAUUUCAUAUAACCCCUCAUGAUGCAGAAAUUGCCAUAGAGCUUGGAAACCAGCUUGUAAUGCAGAGGAAUUUUCAGGAGGCAAUGAAGCAUUACAGGCAUGGGAUGAGCCUGGAUGAAACUAGUAUCACAGCUCUGAUGGGUAUUAUCAAGUGCCAGCUUUUUGAGGGCCGUCUUGAUGAUGCUGAACAACAACUAGAACUCCUUAAAGAAAUACAAGAGAGCAUUGGAAAAUCGGGUGAGCUCUCCUACCUGCGAGCAGUACUUGCUGUGAGAAGGCAAAAGGGCCUUGAUGAAACACUUUCUCUCCUGGAUGAUGCUGUGGACACCCACUUUGUGGCCCUUACUGGAAUUCCACUAGGAAUGCUGUACUUUGAAAAGCUGAAUCCUGACUUUAUAUUAGAAAUUGUCAAAGAGUACCUGACGUUCUGCCCUACACAGCCUGGGGCACCUGGACAGGCCCUACCUCCUGUUCUGAAGCAAUGUGUUACCUUAUUGGAAACAAUAGUAAAGGUUGCUCCAGGAGUGAUGGAGGGACUCUACCUAAUGGCUCGAACAAAGUACAUCUCAGGAGACAUUGAUGCAGCACAAGGAAGUCUACAGCAUUGCUUAGAAAAGAGCCCCUCUUACUCGGAUGCUCACCUGCUUAUGGCUCAGAUUUACCUGUCACAGAAAAACUAUAAGCAGUGCUCGCAGUCCCUGGAGCUGGCCCUCAGCCAUAGCUUUGAGAUACGAGAUCAUCCUCUUUACCACUUGAUCAAAGCCAGAGUGUUGAAGGAGACGGGCGAUGUACCUGAGGCUCUCCGAACGCUAAAGUUGGCCAUGAGUUUGCCUGGCAUGAAGCAGCGAUCUGGGGCCACGAAAUCUAAAGGGAAAGUCCCAGACAUCAACACGACGGAUCGAGUAUCGGUGUUUCUCGAGCUCGCAGAUGCUCUCCGCCUGAAUGGUGAACAGCAUGAAGCUGCAAAGGUGAUGCAGGAUGCCAUUAACGAGUUUUCUGGGACACCGGAGGAGGUGCGCGUGGUCAUCUCCAAUGCGGAGCUGGCGCUCGGCCGUGGUGACGUCGAAAGCACGCUCAGCGUUCUACGCGGCAUCUCACCAGAGCAGCCAUACUACAUACAAGCCAAGGAGAAGAUGGCCCAUGUUUACCUGCACCACCGCAAGGACAAGAAUCUCUAUGCUGCCUGCUAUCGGGAGCUGGUGGAAAAGCUACCAGGCCCUCAUACUUUCAUUCUUUUGGGUGAUGCCUACAUGAACAUUCAAGAGCCAGAGAAGGCGAUUGACGUGUAUGAGCAGGCCAUGAAGAAGAACCCUCGUGAUGGAGUUCUGGCCAGUAAAAUUGGUCAAGCCCUCGUUCGCACUCACAACUAUGGCAAGGCCAUCAGCUACUACGAGGCAGCACUGAAGAGUGGGCAGCAGAACUUAUUGCGCUAUGACCUGGCCGAACUGCUGCUCAUGUUGCGUCAGUAUGACAAGGCGGAAAAGGUUCUGAGGCAGGCACUGGAUCACCAUCCUGUUAAUGACCUACAGACAUUAAUGGAAGACACCAAGUAUCUGGUUCAGCUGGCCAAAGUCCACAGUAAGACAGGAAAGACUGAUGAUGCUGUGCUAGCAUUAACCAAGGCCCGAGAGGUGCAGGCACGUAUCCUCAAGCGUGUGCAGGUCGAGCAACCAGACCUCGUGCCAGCGCAGAAGCAGCUAGCGGCUCAAAUAUGUUCCCAACUUGCUGAACAAGCCAUCGAUCAGCGCGAGCAUGACAAGGCUGCUAAAUUCUACCGGGAGGCUCUGGUCUACUGUGAGAAUGACAGUAAGGUUAUACUGGAAUUGGCUCGGAUAUACAUGGCUCAGGACAAUCUGGAUGUUUGCCAGCAGCAAUGUGCCACUAUCUUGAGGAAUGAUGUAGAUAAUGAUGAUGCCACAAUGAUGAUGGCAGAUCUUCUAUUCAGGAAACAUGACUAUGAGCAGGCCAUCUUCCAUUUCCAGCAGCUUAUUGAGCGAAAACCAGAGAAUUUUGGUGCUCUGGCACGAAUGAUUGAACUGCUGAGAAGAGCUGGAACACUGGGGGAGGCACCCAGGUUUCUGAUGCUAGCAGAGAAGAAUGGCAGCCAGAGACCCCUGGACCCUGGUUACAAUUACUGCAAAGGAUUGUAUCUCUGGUACACUGGAGAACCCAAUGACGCUCUGAAGCAUUUCAACAAAGCUCGCAAGGACAGUGACUGGGGGCAGAAAGCCAUCUACAACAUGAUUGAGAUCUGCCUGAACCCAGACAAUGAUAUUGUUGGAGGGGAGGUGUUUGAAAACCUUGAUGGAAAUGUGAGUUCAUCACAACGGGAACGGCAGGAGUCGGAGCAGAUGGCGAUGCGCACGGCGGAGAAGCUGCUGCAGGAGCUGCGUCCCCGGAGCACCCAGGAUGCACUGCGAGUGCGCAUCUUGGAGAACCACUGCCUCAUGGCCACGCGGCAGAAGGCCAGUGUGGAGAAGGCCCUCAACGCCUUCACUGACAUAGCAAGCACAGAGAAGGAGCACGUACCUGCACUGCUGGGCAUGGCCACGGCAUUCAUGAUCCUCAAGCAGACGCCGCGCGCUCGCAAUCACCUCAAGCGUGUGGGGAAGAUGACCUGGAAUCCUGAGGAAGCGGAGGAGUUUGAGCGCAGCUGGCUCCUACUUGCAGACAUCUACAUCCAGGCCAGCAAAUACGACAUAGCUGGAGAGCUCCUGCGUCGCUGUCUGCAACACAACAAGUCCUGUAGCAAAGCGUAUGAGUACAUGGGCUUCAUCAUGGAAAAGGAACAAUCCUACAAAGAUGCAGCUUUGAACUAUGAGCUGGCAUGGAAAUAUACCAGUCAAUCCAACCCCACCAUUGGAUACAAGCUUGCUUUUAACUACCUCAAAGGAAAGCGGUAUGUGGAUGCAAUUGAUAUUUGCCACAAGGUACUGGGAGCUCAUCCAGACUAUCCGAAGAUGCGAAAGGACAUACUGGAUAAAGCGAGAGCUUCUCUAAGAACAUAACUUUCAUUCGUACGUUUUUAUGCACAGAAUCCUGUGUGUAAGGCUAAUGAAUUGUAUACAGCCUUCACUAGUUUAUUACAACUGUAAUGUAUCUGUUAUAGUUUGUUUUGUGUAUUCUGUGGCGUUUUUCAUAUAAAUAUCAAUUUAGACCACAUACAAGUGCUUAAUUCGGUUUUAAAAACUGGUUGUCUAAUGAUCACAUUCAUAAUAUGUGGUGUAAGAGACUACUCCCUCUACAAAUUUGUACUUGCAGUAUAUUGAGAAAUGUAUAUUAUACUGUGCUGUACUUACAUCGUGUAAUUGAUAUAUUUUGUUAUUUUGUUUUGCCUAUUUCAAUAAAAGAGUGACACAACA